GACCGCCCGGACCCCUGACCUGCACGUAGCAGCACAAUGCGCCGCUUUCUUGUCGGCUGCUUGUAACCGGCGGCUCCAGCCCCGAGGCGGGGUAUGUGUGUCGGACCGGGAGGGUUGUUGCAGUGCGACUCAUGGCGGCCGAACCCCAGCCCCAGCCCAGCGGGCUCCAGCCCCGGCUCCAGCCCGGGCUCCAGCCGCAGCCGCAGGCUCGCAAGCCCGGGCUGCUCAGCUCCAUCCAGCCCUUCCAGGAGGUCGUGAGCUCCGCGGUCAUCAUCCCCAGAGAGGACGGAGUCAUCAGCCUGUCCGAGGACAGGACGAUCCGGGUAUGGAUGAAGAGAGACAGCGGCCAGUACUGGCCCAGCGUCUACCACACAAUGCCAUCGUCGUGUUCCUGCAUGUCCUUUAACCCCGAGACCAGGAGACUGUCCCUGGGGCUGGACACUGGAAGUAUCUGUGAGUUCAUCCUUUCGGAGGACUACAACAAGAUGAGCCCGGCCCUCACUUACCAGGCCCACCAGGGCAAGGUGACGGUGGUGCUGUUCGUGUUGGAGAUGGAGUGGAUUCUGAGCACCGGCCAGGAUAAGAACUUCACCUGGCACUGUUCGGAGAGCGGCCAGCAGCUGGGGACGUACCGCACCGCGGCCUGGGUGUCUGGGCUGCAGUUUGACGUGGAGACGCGGCACGCGUUCGUGGGGGACCAGUCUGGGCAGGUGACCAUCCUGAAGCUGGAGCAGGACAGCUGCAGCCUGGUCACCACCUUCAAGGGACACACCGGUAAUGUGACAGCGCUGUGCUGGGACCCGGUCCAGAGGGUGCUGUUCUCCGGCAGCUCGGACCACUCCAUCAUCAUGUGGGACAUCGGAGGACGCAAAGGCACUGCCAUCGAACUGCAAGGACACAAUGACAAGAUCCAGGGCUUGUGUUACGCCUCACACACCCGUCAGCUCAUCUCCUGCAGCUCAGACGGGAGCAUCGUCAUCUGGAACAUGGACGUAACACGACAAGAGACUCCUGAGUGGCUGGACAGCGACUCUUGUCAGAGGUGCGAGCAGCCUUUCUUCUGGAACUUCAAACAGAUGUGGGACAGUAAGAAGAUCGGCCUGCGGCAGCACCACUGCAGGAAGUGCGGCCAGGCCGUGUGCGGCAAAUGUUCGUCCAAACGCUCCACCAUCCCCCUCAUGGGCUUCGAGUUCGAGGUGCGCGUGUGCGACAGCUGCCACGAGUCCAUCAGCGACGACGACCGGGCGCCCACAGCCACCUUCCACGACAGCAAGCACAACAUUGUUUACAUGCACUAUGAGCCCACCACUGGAAACCUGCUCACUUCUGGAUCCGACAAGGUUCUCAAGCUGUGGGACAUGACCCCCGUGGUGUCCUGAGAGGACGACAGACGACAGACGGCUGGCGGCAGGAAACUCUGGUAAACUGUGACGGUUGGGCAUCUGUUGCACGGAGAAAAAGGGAAGGAUGCAGCAACACUCUCAUCUGGAUCAUAUUUAACAGCCGUUUGUCACAACAGUGGCUGCUGCACGUUCACCGUUGGAACACUGCAGGCCAGUGAAGCCCAGAGCAGCAACGGCCUCAGUACGAUGGAACACAGACUUGGUAGUGAUGCUCGUGUGCAGGAAGUGAUGUUUUGAAGAUCUCUCUCUCUCUACUUGUGAAUGCUUGGAGACAUUUUGAUUUAUGAGUUAUUUACACACCUUAUUUUCUACAUUUCCAUGCAUUCCUGUCCAGUUUUACACUGGAAACUGAAGAAAAUAGCAGCUGAAAGCGUUCUGCAGUGUAGUCUGGUGUCAUGUAAGCUCCAGCAUCUCAGCACUAAAACGGAGCCUAAUUCAAUGAUAAACUCUCCACAUGAAGGACUUGCACUGCAAAAACUCUAAAUGUUACCAGGAAUAUUUGUCUUAUUUCUAGUUAAAAUGUCUAAUUUUUAGUCAAAAAAAUCUCUAUACACUUAAAACAAGAGUCUUUACCAGAAAAAUAACUUGUUAUUUGACA